GUCAGGGUUGCUAAUAACCUCUAGGUACCUAGGUGCAUAACAUCGUUUUGUAUCGCUUAAAAAAGAGGAAGAAGAGGAAAAAGAAGAAGUGUAUUAAUACCAAAGGAGGUACAAAAUAUCAUAGAGCAAAUAGUUGCCAGCAAGCUUAGCAUAACUCUAGAGUCAUAUUAGGCUUGUUAGGUGACUUCCACUUACUCUUUUCGCACAUUUCACCGUUAUCGGGACACUGUACUAAGUAUUUAAACCUGCGCUUUGCUGUCUACAACCUAUUACACUUAGAAAAAAUCAACAUCUUCUAUCGCUGCUUUCUAAAGUUAGGCGAUCCUCUCAUCCCCCUCUUACUUAGUGUGACUAGUAUGUUAAAUGGCGAUGUUGGGGGCGAGUGGUGCUCACCUUCGGCAGCACUUGGUAAUGAUAUCCCGAGGAGCAAUUUAACCGGCCGCCGUAUAGCCAAUGCCGACAGCACUCCACCAUCCAAGACUACGACCUAGUCCCGCUCAAAAGAGAACCGUCAAGUAUUGGCGUAUUCCUUUCAAUUCGUCUUUUGUACGACAUCAAAGGUUCGCUCUACCAACAUUAUGCCGCCAGUUCGAAACCCGAUCCUACCCGGGUUCAAUGCUGACCCGUCAAUUCUUCGGGUGGGCGACGACUAUUAUAUCGCCACGUCCACCUUUGAAUGGUAUCCUGGUGUUCAAAUACACCACUCCCGGGACCUGGCGAACUGGGAGUUGGUCACACGUCCUUUGAAUCGCAAAUCCCAACUUGAUAUGCGAGGGGAUCCCGAUAGCUGCGGCGUCUGGGCUCCUUGUCUCACACACGACGGCGAUAAAUUCUGGCUGGUGUACACGGAUGUUAAGCGAAAAGACGGCUCCUUCAAGGACACCCAUAAUUAUAUUGUUAGCGCCCCAUCGAUAGAAGGUCCGUGGUCAGACCCCUUUUACAUCAAUUCUUCGGGCUUUGACCCCUCACUUUUUCACGAUGACGACGGAAAGAAAUGGUUCGUGAACAUGCUGCAAGAUCACCGCCGUCGACCACGUUCUUUUGCCGGUAUUGUUCUUCAAGAAUUUGACCCCUCGCUGGGAAAACUUGUCGGGCCGAAGAAAAAUAUCUUCCUUGGGACGGAAUUGGACCUUGUUGAGGGACCGCACUUAUACAAGAGGAAUGGAUGGUACUAUCUUCUUACGGCUGAGGGCGGCACUGCGUACAACCAUGCUUGCACGCUAGCUCGCUCUCGUGAUAUCUGGGGGCCGUAUGAAGUUCACCCUCAAAAGCACAUCCUCACUUCUAAGGAUAAUCCUUUCGUUGCUCUGCAGAGAGCUGGCCAUGGUGAUAUUGUGGAGACGCCUGAGGGGAAGACAUAUCUGGUCCACCUGACAGGCCGCCCAACGACCCAGGAACGUCGCUGUGUUCUUGGCCGCGAAACUGCAAUUCAAGAGGCAUUCUGGAAAGAUGAUUGGCUCUUCGUGAAGAACGGCCCUGUUCCAUCUCUCUACGUCGAUGUCCCUGGAGUACGCGACGAUAGCAAAUAUUGGGCAGAGCAACGAUAUACCUUCGAAAAUGGGCUACACAAGGACUUCCAAUGGUUGAGAACACCCGAGACGGAACGUAUCUUCGCUACCCAAGGAGGGAAGCUCAAAUUAUUCGGUCGGGAGGCUAUCGGUUCGUGGUUCGAGCAAGCCCUGGUCGCGAGGAGACAAACUCAUUUCUCUUACGACGCUGAAACAGUGAUCGACUUCUCCCCAACUGAUGAGAGGCAAUUCGCGGGUCUUACUGCGUAUUACUGUCGUUAUAACUUCUUCUACCUGACCGUAACAGCUCACUCAGAUGGCCAGCGAGAGCUGCUCAUCAUGACCUCAGAGGCAUCUUGGCCCGAUGGUAGACUCAACAUGCCCCUCGCGGACCCUGUGCAGAUCCCUAAUGAGGGCAAAGUCCGACUAGCGCUUACGAUUCGUGGUCCAGAAUUGCAGUUCUUUUACGCGCUCGAUGGCGGGGAACUGAAGAAGAUCGGACCGGUAUACGACGCGUCUAUUUUAUCUGAUGAAUGCGGUGGUCAUCAAGCGCAUGGUAGCUUCACGGGCGCGUUUGUCGGUGUGGCUUGUUCGGAUGUAAAUGGGACUGUGUUACCGGCGACAUUUGACUACUUCGUGUACCGUCCGGUUCAGCAUCAUACCGAUCGCUACGAGGUCUGAUGUGUUGUAGAGUGGUGUACAUCGUCCGCACUGAGUGUAUAUAAUCUCCUACGUAUUCAUAGAUCAGUGACCUGACUGGUAGCGAUUUCUGUGUACAUUUUUCUCAUAAUCAUUGCUUACUCAGGCGCCUGAGUAAGC